AUACUCUUGUAGCGAUCACGUAUGCGUUGGGAUGAGACUGGUGUCUGGCACUGACGUCUGGUGGAAAUACAGUAAAUACUAGCGUAAUAAGCUGAUGACAGCUCGUGUUAUUUUAAAAGCCGACAGAAAUAAUUUUUGUGAUAUUAUGAGUCACAUAUAAUACAGCCGGCUAUUUGCAGAAGGCAAAAAGGAAUUAUUAUUAUGAAAUCAACUGUGGACAGAAUGAAUUACGUGCCCUUUAUUUACCUCUGCUUAACCACAAUUUACGGCGUAUCGUACGGGGAAAACAGAGUAACAUUAGAAAAAUCAAACUGUAAUCUGAAAGCUGUAUUUUUUGCACCAGAGUACGAAAAAUAUUGCGGUACGUCGGUAAUACCUUCGUCGUUACCUCCAUUGAAUGAUGACAAAAGUGAACUGAUUUACUUAUGCACAGGUAUUCGUUAUGCUGUAAUUAAAUUUUGCGAGUUUCAUUCUCAGUUAAAUAAAAGUUACGAAAUCAACCUAACAAAAUCUUACAUUCUUGAGGAAUUAAAAAAAGUAGCGAAGCAGCCGUCGAAAGAGAAUGAGAUAUGUACUGCUCUGUUGAGUACCUUGUCGAACUCCGGUUAUGAGAAAAUUAUGAACUACGGUGGCAAAAAUAUAGACUCAAUACCCAACUUUACGUUACUCAACCAAACAUUGAAUUUGAAGUGUGAUAGGCUCUGUUCUAGCGCCAAUCUUACGGUAACUGUUAAACCAAUAUGUCCCAUCUUAUUAUGGGUGAAUCGAAUCCUUGUCGGCAGUACAACACCUAUGCCAAGAGGUAGCAAUGAGGCGUUGAAAACUGCGAUAUUAACUGAGUCGACAAAUUCACCCAGCUCCAGCCAUGAUAAUGUCAAACCAGCUCAACCUUCUGGUCAUAAUAGUGGUUCCAGACUUGAAAAAACUGUCAAAGGUCCAAAUCAACAAGAGAAUCAUCCAAGCCAAGAACUUCUGCCGGCUGGUACUCAAAACAUAGGAAAUAAUUCUGUGUCAGAUACAAAGAAAUCAGAAAAUAAUGAAGCUCAACACGAAGAACAAGAAAUCAAAGAAACAAAUGAAAGCAAAGCCGGUGUUAAAGAUGCACCAAUUGACCAAAUACAUCCUCCAAACGAGAACUUAUCACAUUCUUCGAGCACCAACGACGUUAAAACUGAUGCAGUUGCUCAUCUAAAUUCGAAUGAAAAAAUGAAUAAAACUGUACCAAUUACACCACCAUCUGUAAAAGUAUCUACUACUGUAAAAAUAAAACUAGCUGCGCCUCACGAUACUGAUAAAAUAGAAAAUUCAGGCAAGGCUUCUCAAAGAAAUGAGGAACCACUAAGUCCUGAACUUGAAGAAGUUCGUGAUGAUGUUUCCAAUGAUGGAAAUGAUGGAAUUGAGAAUCCAGUCGCAGAGAGAACUAAAACAGAUGGCUCAUCAUCUUUCGUUGACAAGGAUAUUGAGCGAGGAAUCGGCAAUAAUGUACCAAAACCUCCACCAGCAAGUACGAUGGAUCCGCCUCAGCACUUCUUUACUUAUUUCAUGGUGAUAUCCGUAACAUGCCUUAUUUGCUACAUAGCGUACCAUAAGAAGCAGAAGAUAAUGGCACUACUAUUUGAGGGUCGAAAAUCCCGAGGGCGUGGUAGAAGAAGACCAAAUACAGCGAAUUAUCGAAAGCUUGACUGUACGCUUGAAGAGGCAGUUACUUCGCAAUGUAAUUCUAAUGUUACGCACGUAAUAUAUUGAUCAAUAACUUCAAUGACAUUGGAGUAAUUGUCAUUCAGAUUGUGAUCAUUGUUGUAUGAAUAUAAGAAGUAUUUGUAUUCCUUUGUGAUUUAUGUUCUUCUUAAUAUUAUUUUUUCUCAAA